UUUAUGCAUGUGAGAUUCUGCACGUAGCGUUCAGCCUUUUAGGAAUCCAGCCCUGAACCAGCAGACGGCCAACAGUGCGCAGAAACAUCACAGACAGGUCGACCUGACUACCAGACUCACCAGAGUCCAUCUCCCGACCGGUGACUGAGCGGGGCCGGUUCUAAAGUCGAGACGCACAGAGGACCAAACGACAAGGGGACACACACACACACACGUCUGCUUCAGGAUGCUGUCGUUUAGGAUGGAGCUGCCAUGUUUAUUUUUACUGUUGCUGAGCUGUCUGCAGUCGCUCUCAGCCAACACUGACUUCUUCACCUCCAUAGGCCAGAUGACAGAUCUGUUAUACACAGAGAAAGACCUCGUCACCUCUCUAAAGGACUACAUCAGAGCGGAGGAGACCAAGCUUGAGAAGGUCAAACGGUGGGCUGAUAAACUGGAUUUGUUGUCAGCCACAGCCAUACUGGACCCUGAGGGCUACCUGGGGCACCCUGUCAAUGCCUUCAAACUGAUGAAGAGGCUGAACACAGAGUGGGGGGACCUGGAGAGCCUCGUGCUCAGUGACACCACUGAUGGAUUUAUUUCAAACCUGACGAUCCAGAGACAGCACUUCCCCACGGAUGUAGACCAGACCGGGGCGGCUAAAGCUCUCCUCAGGUUACAAGACACCUACAGGCUGGAUACCAACACUAUCUCGACAGGAGACCUUCCUGGAGUGAAACACAAGAGCCUUAUGACAGUGGAGGACUGUUACGAGCUGGGGAAAAUCGCCUACUCUGAUGUCGAUUACUACCACACAGAGCUGUGGAUGGCCCAGGCCCUGAGGCAGCUUGAUCAGGGAGAAGAGUCCACUAUAGAUAAGGUGACAUUGCUCGACUACAUCAGCUACUCCAUCUACCAGCAGGGGGAGGUAGAUAGGGCCCUGGACUUCACCAAGCAGCUGCUUGAACUGGACCCAGAGCAUCAGCGCGCCAAAGGCAACCUGAAGUACUUCGAGUUCCAGUUGGAGAAGCAGAAAAAGGAUGGGGGGGACCCAACUGAAAAAAAGAAGGAGAAAAGAGAAACAACUCAGAAGAAAGACAAGCCCAAAAAGAAGUUCUUAACUCCACAGCUGCCAGAGAGGAAGAAGUAUGAAAUGCUUUGUCGUGGGGAGGGCAUCAGAAUGACCCCCCGCAGGCAGAGCCGGCUUUUCUGUCGUUACUAUGACAACAGUCGCAACCCCAUGUAUGUGCUGGCACCUGUCAAACAGCAAGAUGAGUGGGACCGCCCCUACAUCGUCCGCUUCCUCGACAUCAUCUCUGACCAAGAAAUGGAGAGGGUCAAGCAACUGGCAAAGCCCCGACUACGCAGGGCAACCAUCUCAAACCCCAUCACAGGAGUGCUGGAGACAGCGCCAUACCGGAUCAGCAAAAGUGCUUGGCUCACUGGCUAUGAAGAUCCAAUGAUUGACAAGAUCAACCAGAGAAUUGAGGAUCUCACAGGGCUGGAAAUGGACACUGCAGAAGAGCUGCAGGUUGCAAAUUAUGGUGUUGGAGGUCAAUACGAGCCUCACUUUGACUUUGGAAGGAAAGAUGAGCCGGAUGCCUUUAAAGAGCUCGGCACCGGGAACCGUAUCGCAACAUGGCUCUUCUAUAUGAGUGACGUAGCAGCUGGUGGAGCCACAGUAUUUCCAGAUGUUGGUGCAGCGGUUUGGCCCCAAAAGGGCACUGCAGUGUUCUGGUACAAUCUGUUUCCCAGCGGCGAGGGGGACUACAGCACCCGACAUGCAGCUUGUCCAGUGUUGGUCGGCAACAAGUGGGUAUCAAACAAAUGGAUCCAUGAACGAGGCCAGGAGUGGCGGCGACCUUGUGCCCUAAAUGAAACUGAAUGAUGGCAAAAAAAGAAACACCUCCUUGGCCCUCUCUCUCCUUCCUUGUGAACCACCCAGGACCAAAGAACACUUCUGCAGAUCCGACAUGAUGAAUACGUUGGCUCCAAACAGCUCACUCCCUCUCUACCAACACUCCCCUUUCCCCCCCAGCUGUUAUGCUCUGAGCCCAGAGAUUGUUUGGGUUAAUGUCCGGCCCCUGGACAGUUUUAGCAUCACUACGACAGAUGACGUAAGUUCUUAAGAUUGUUGGAUGGUUUUGGAGAAACACUCCUUUCACUCGAAUGUGUCCGUCUUUGCACUCUGUGUGAACUCUAUCUCAGAGGUGAGGUUAUCCUUUAGUGGUGACUUUAGGGACCAGCUUCCUCCCCGUCAGUUUGAACUUUAAAGGAGCAGCUCAUGUUUUUAAAGAGGCCUAUCUGAUUUGUUGCAUCCAUUUAAUUUCAUUAGCAAAGCAAUUAGGUCUGUGUUGGUUUUUUAUUACAUUUUAAACAAUGUGAAUUCAUUGGGGUUGGGCAAUAUUUAUUUGUAAAAUGAUUCUCCACCUUCAAAUCAGUUUAAUAUAUUUCUGAAACUGGCUUAUUCUUCAGAGGGAUUGAAUUAGCUUACAGUAAAUUCACAAAAUGUCAUUCCUUCCUUUAUUUACAUAUGGAAGCAAAGUCUGCAUCCAAUAACUGUUUAAAAUUUUAAAACCAAAGUAAGUGCUCUGUGGAAGGAAUGAAAAGACUCAAAAAUCUGACAACAAUUCAUUGAAGUGUUUUAGUUGAAAGAAGCAUUUUAUUCCCUGUCAGUUUGUGUAACUAAUCAGAAGUGGUUUAAGUUGCAUGGCUACAUCUAUGCAGUUCAUUUUGACACACCACCGUGUUAGUUUGUUUUUUUAAGUCAUUUGAAUGGUCACACUAUGAGAUAAUGUUAGAUUUGUUGUACUUGAACACAAGGGUGUUUACAAAUAUAUGGACACGACACAGUUACGUACACUCCAAUGCUGCAUAGAAUUUAGUAUUUGUUCAUCCUGAUUGUACCAGUGUUAUGUAAGGACCGCCAGCUGUCGUUGAAAUAGUAUGAGCACCAAAGGAACAAUAGUACAUGAACACCACAUUGUCCAAGUUUUUUUUACAGAGUGAAUGAUUCUGGUAGUUUUUUUUUUAAUGGUGUCCAGUGCUUUUCAGUGUGAGAAUAUAUGGGUUUUCCAAGGAAGAAACAUUUUAUUUAUAUGUCCCAAGCCAAUUUUGUGUUCUUUUUUUUGUCUUAAAUGAAAGUCUGAAAUUGUAUUUUUUUUUUUUUACUACAAUAAAGACUGUUUUAUUGAUCUCAA